AUGGCUCAUAUUCAGAACACCCGACUGAAUACAGGCGCAGAGAUCCCAGCAAUUGGACUCGGCACAUGGCAGUCGAAGCCUAACGAGGUGCGCUACGCGGUUGAAUGGGCGCUGAGAGCUGGAUAUCGCCACAUCGACACUGCCCUUGCCUACGGCAACGAAGCGGAAGUCGGCGAGGGAAUUAGAGCCUCUGGCGUUGGUCGGGAAGAGAUAUGGUUGACGACAAAGCUCGAUAAUCCUUGGCACAAGCGAGUCCAGGAAGGCAUCGAUUCAUCGCUCAAGUCGCUCGGCGUUGACUAUGUCGACCUUUACCUGAUGGCAAGCAGUCUCUUUGCCCACUGGCCGUCAUCAACUGAUCCAAGUGAUCUGUCAAAGCAUUAUCCUGACUGGAACUUCGUUGACACAUGGCGCGAGAUGCAAAAGCUCCCCGCAACAGGCAAAGUCCGCAACAUCGGCGUCUCGAAUUUCGGGAUUCGCAACCUCACCAAGCUCCUAAACGACCCAUCCUGCAAGCUCGUGCCCGCCGUCAACCAAAUCGAGCUGCACCCAAACAACCCCUCACCUAAGCUGGUCGAAUUCAACGCGUCAAAGAACAUUCACUCGACCGCGUACUCCUGCCUUGGCUCAAAGGACUCGCCACUUUACAAGGAUCAGACUGUUAUGGAGCUCGCUGCGAAGAAAGGCAAGACGAUCCAGCAGUGCUUGCUGAUGUGGAACUUGCAGAAGGGACGAAGUGUGCUGCCAAAAUCCGUCAGUAAGGAUCGCAUAGAAAGAAACUUCCAGCUUGAUGGCUGGGAACUGACACAAGAGGAAAUCGAUCGAUUGGAUAGUCUGAAGGGAAGGUUCAAAGUCUGUGGGGAUGCUUGGCUGCCUGUUAAAGUCUUCUUCGGCGAUGACGAGUAG